AUGCGGUUGUUCGUAGCGAUCGGGCUGCUGGCUGCGAUCGCCGCGAGUGUGCUGCUGGGUCUCGCGACGUUCGGCGUGCCGGUGAAUGACAGUUUCUGGCUCUUGCGUGUGCAGGCGCCGCUGCUGGACGCCAAGCUGGGUGCGCUGGGCUACCGCGUCAAUGGCCACGACUCGCGUGUGGGCGUAGGAUACCAUGUGCCUGACGAGGUCGGGGACCUGUCGCGCAGCGUGCGCGACUUUGUGCACACGCUGACGUUGGUGCUGGUGCUGUUCCCUGUAUCGUUUGCGUUGGCGUGCCUCACGGCGCUCGCGUCUAUGGUGGCGAUGAUCCACGUACGGGCGAUGAGCAUACUGGCCGCGGGCUUGGCCGUGCUGGGCGCGCUCGUCGCUACGGUCGCCUUUGCGAUUCUGAUCUGCCUCUACUAUGAGCUGCAGCAUAACGUGCCGACGGACGAGCUCGAUCUCACGUACGGACAGGCGUUUGUUUUUACGGUCGUCAGUGCCGCGUGCCUGUACGGGAGUGCCAUCACACUGGCGCUCGGCGCGUGCUGUGCCAUGCGCAUGCCGCGCCGCGAGCGCUCCGACGCGGUGCCCGAGCGCAUGCCGCCCGCCAAGGUGUCGUACACGCGGGAUCCGUCCGCGCAGCCGUACGAGCGUGCGGAGCGUGUGCACUAUGCGUCGGCGCUGGCGCCUGUGGCGGGCGACUUGCCCAAGUUUCCGGAGCCGGACGUCAAUGAGUCGUACAUGGAGGACGCGCCGACGGCCGGCGAGCCGACGCCGUACGAUGAGUCGCACGAGCUCGAUACGUGGGCCUCGCGCGUGCACCUGCUGGACGACUCGGAGUGGCACACGGCGCGGCACUCGCACUAUACGGGCGACGCGACGCACGACGAGUACGCGGAUGCGCCGACGAUGCCGCUCAUGUCGAGGCAGCAGGCCGAUGCGUGGUUCCUGCCUACGCAUACGUGA